GCACAAUUCUAAUGCGAGUAGCAGGGUUUUAACGUCACGCUAAAUGUGUUGUUAUUGACGGUAUAUGAUAAAAGACAAUAACAUUUUGGAUUACAACGGCAUACAACCAAACCUUAAAAUAGCAGGGCAUAGUUGGCAUAUUAAGUUGGUGAAACCGAGUUUUAGGUUAUGUAUUCCGGUAUCCAGAAAGAUUCACGAACGUUUCAGAUUGUAUUAUAGAUCAAGUUUUAUGGUGUAGUGGCAGGUUGGAGUUGAAGUAAAGGCUAUAUUAAGGAAGUAUUAAAUGUUUCAUUUCCUUUUAAAAUAUUGUAUUAAAGUUCAAAAGAACCACCACAUAAAAUUCACGCAGAGUUACCAGAUUUGCAUUUUAUGUGUAUGCAUUCUUCUGUUUUCCCAACUGCUGUCUGCUACGUACGAAAUAUUUCAUAGUUGCAGAAGCAAUUUUAUUACUUCCAUGUUAAACAGUUGUGAAAUACUUUUGGAAAGUCUGUUUAAUAGACAAUGUGUAAAGUUAAUAAGCACAUGAAAGAAAGUUUUAGAACUACAAGUAUUUUGGCUUAGUAAAAGUCGUCACACUUGUGACUAUGGAGAAGGGGCCAGUAAUAUUAUGAUUACAGUUUUCUGGAAUGUUUGGCACCGUGUAGUUUGGUAAAUAGGCGUUUGAUUUCCAAGGUUUGCAAGUGAAGUGGAGUGUCAUUCAGAUUCUGACAUAACUUCAUUGGUGUCCUUAUGUAAACCAGAGGUCAUUACAGCAGAACAUGGAGAUGGACAGGUUUCAGAACGCUGAUGAAUACACUGAAGGUGGGAAAAUGGACACUGCAGAAACCAAACUUCAUUUGCACAAACCUGUAUUAAUUAAAAGGGAACCAGACAGUUAUGAAGAUGGAUGUGGUGUCAUUACACCAGAUGAAAAUGGAUUUGAAUGUAAUGAAGAUUUUCUAAAAAGUGAAGAUGCAGUACUUGAAGAAGACCGUGUUGGUACUACUGAUAAUAUAAACGAGGUUACUAUUACAUAUGAUCCAUUAAUUAAAGAGGAACCUGAACAGCAGAUUGUUUUAAGUGACAACGUGAGCUGUCUUCAGAAUGUCCCACAAUCCAAAGCAUCCGUAGAAGCAGUUCAGCAGUUAUACUGGUGUGAAGUGUGUGACAGGUCAUUUAGUCGGGAAGAUCUGCUGUUAAGACAUUCAAAAAUUCACAGUGAAGAGCGGACACACGUAUGUGAAUUGUGUUACAAACGAUUUAGGAAUAAUUCUGGCCUAAAAUUACACUUAAUAUCUCACACUGGGGAGCGUCCUCACAUUUGUGAAGAAUGUGGUAGAGCUUUUGGAGUACGUAGUCAUCUUAAGAGACAUUCUCUUCAGCAUAGGGGGGAUCGAACCCACACUUGUCUAGAGUGUGGAAAGGGAUUUGCAAUUAUAAAUCAUUUGAAAAGGCAUAUGAUUGAACAUACUGGAGGACGAUCGCAUGUAUGCUAUGAGUGCAAUAAGAAAUUUAUGAGUUUAUCUGAUCUGAAGAAACACUUAUUGAUCCAUACUGGGGAGAGACCCCACGUUUGUUUAGAAUGUGGUAAAGGUUUCACCCAAGCCGGUCACCUGAAACAACACAUUUUAAUUCAUACUGGGGAAAGACCUCACAUGUGCCAAGUUUGUGGUAAGGGAUUUUCAGUGCAGAGUAAUCUAAAGAAACACUCUCUCUUACAUACUGGUGAACAGCUUAAUGAGUGUGCAGAAUGUGGCGCAGGAUUUGUGUUACUCGCUCACUUAAAAAAGCACAUCAGUCAGCAUACUAAAAGAGGUCCCCCCGUUUGUCAGAUAUGUAACAAACAGUUUACAUAUGAUUCUGAUCUCAAGAAACAUUUGUUAAUUCAUACUGGAGAACGUCCACAUAAAUGUAAUCUCUGUGGUAAAGGAUUCAUUCAAGUGAGUCAUCUUAAUCGACAUUUAUCAACCCACAUUAGGAACCAACCUAAUGUAUGAGGAGGUCUGUUGCAUGUCCUUCCUCAUGUUGCAGAAAUAAAUUUUUAGGCCUGAAGUUUGUUCAGACAUUGACCCUUGUCUGAAUAAAAAUAUACACAGUAUUUUGGAGACUGGUUAUAUCAGUCUUUGGCUGAAGCAAAAGCAGAACAGAAGAAAGUUCUUUAUACACUUCGGUGGCAGAUGGUAGAGAGAAAUUAACCACAUAAUUUUAUGUUUCUCAAAGAAUGUAUAAAGGCAUGUAAGAACAGGUAGAAGUAAAUUGUGAGCACAGAAUAAACAAGCAAAAUUUGUUGUUGUCUGUAGCAUACCUGUACAAUUUGUUUGCUAGACAUCAUUGCUUCUCUACAAUUCUGAAAAUGAUUAUGGCUUGUUGAUUUUCACUCAAAAUCCAAUAUACAGUUUCCUUAUGAUUUUUAUUGUUAAUGUAGUUAAAGAUUCAAAAUAAUUUCAUAGUG